AUGCCUAAGUCUUUCAUAGUCCAACUCUACAGUUGGACUAUGAAAGACUUAGGCAUUUUUUGGGUGAAUGGAAGACUUGCUGCAGCAGACUUCAUCAUAUUCAACCCACCAGAAACUACACAGCAACCACAGCCAGGAAAUUACAACCCAAAUGAUGCAGGUUUCUUCCAGGAAUUUACAGAUGACCUUGAUGCCUUCAGAACUGGACAUUUUGGGUCCAUAGAGCUGUCAUUCAAAUCCAAGGAUGAGUUGUUCUUUUUUUUGGAAUCACUUCCUGGGUGUGGACCAAAGUGGCAGUGUACAGAAUUACGAAUCAAGGGCUAUGAGUCCAUACAACCAAUCUACCUUAUCUGGAGGGAUGCUUUGGAGGUCACAAAACAACUUUUUGCGAAUCCCAUCUAUGCAAAUCAUAUGUGCUAUGAUCCCCAUAUCAUCCACAAUGGGACAGAGAGAGAGAUAGGAGAAUUCUGGACAUCAGAUGAUGCCUGGUCUAUACAAGACCAGCUCCCUCCAGGAGCUACAAUCAUGAAGGCCACAUCACAUGCCUGGUGCUGUGUGGCAUUCAUGCCAAUGCCAACCUUCCUGGUGAACUCAGAUUACCAAACACUCCUUCAAUCACAUUUAUGGCACAGAUGUGUGGACUUCAUUAUGUCAAAUCUUAAGGUGGCAGCACAUGUUGGGGAAUUUAUGGCCAAUCCUUUGGCUCACUGGCAUCACUGCUUCACUCCCCUCAUUAGCCAUAUCAGCGAUCUCCCUGAGCAACUCAUGAUAGCAUGCAUCACAAAGAAUUCAUCUCCUAUCACAACAGCCAAUCAGGCGGAGGUCAAUCCUUGGGACCUUUACCAGUUCAACAAAGAAGCAAAGAAGCUGCACUUGAGUGGCAUACACCUCCCAUUCUGGAGGAAUUGGAGGUCUGCAAACCCAGCAAAAUUCCUCACCCCAAAAAUUCUUCACACUCUCCUUAAAUUCUUCUUCGACCACGUUUUGAAGUGGAUUAAAGAAGUUAUGGGUCACAAGUUGGAUGUGCAUUUCAGGAGCCAGCAUAAGCGCAUUGGGGUAUGCCACUUUGGAUUGGGUGUCUCUCAUGUGAAACAGAUGACAGGAAGAGAACAUUGGGAUAUCCAGCGCACAAUAGUCCCUACAAUGUGGGGAGCUGCCCCUCCCAAUUUCAUCCAUGCUGUGCACACCAUGAUUGACUUCAUCUAUCUCGCCCAGAAUCCUGUUCACACACUCACCAGCAUUUGCAACAUGACCUAUGCACUAAACGAGUUUCAUCAUUAUAAGCAUGCCAUCAUUACAGCAGAGGCACGCUUUGCCCAUAUCAUCCAGCAUGUUGCUGAUGUUUCUGAGUGUCUCUUAAUUACACAUUGCAAGCAUCCCUUUGAAAAGAUGAGUUGCCAGAAGGAUUUUGUCAAACAGAUCGCACAAAUCCUUGAUCAGGAAGAGGCUAUAUGCCUUUUUGAACUUUACACACUCUUAUCGUCAUCAUCUACUGCAGCCUCGCACCAAUCAGGCAAUCCUCUCAUCAAUGCAAUUGUUAUGGAAGAUGACAAAGUCGCUGCUAUGGACACUGACCCAGCCUUAUCAUGGAUAUCCCAUAUUAACCCAGAAGCUCAGAAAUGUCUGCAUGGCCCAUGGUCAGUGCACAAUCACUUUCUGAAAGGGAUCAUGUCUGAUGAUGUGAGGGUUGCCUUCAAUGUUACUCUCAAUCCCAGUCGCAAACACCUGGCUGCGUCUGAUCUCCAAUCACUGUAUCACAUUCCUGACUUUUUACCAGUCUUUUACAACUUCAUCACUAUGAGGGGUCAUGUAGAUCUCAAUGCUCAGCUCAAUCAACUGUUGUUCAAUGUCUGGUACAAAUUCUGCAUUCAACUUCACUCCACUUUCAAUGAACACAGUAUCAUGCCCAGUCAAGUCAUGCAGGCCGACCCUCCAUCUGAAGCAUUUCCUUCUGGCCACUGUGAUGCCAUGCUUGUUGGCCAGAGUCCCUUUGUAGCUCAAGUGUGUGCUGUAUUCCAACUGACCACAAAGAAGUACUCAUCCACAGAAGUGCCAGCAUUUCUGAAUCAAGUCUUCAUGCUUGUUCAGCCUUUCAAUUUCAUUGGAGGAGAUCCAGAGCUGUUGACAGGCAUGUGGAGAGUCCAGUGCUCAUGGAAUGCUGAUCUUUCACAUCUGUGA